AUGGGCGCCUUCCUCUGCCCCCGCUGCCGCUUGGCGUUCAGAUCCCGACCGCUGCUGCGGGUGCACCUGGAGAAGCUGUGCCUCGGGCCCACGGCACCCAGCAGCUCCUGCCUCCAUGGGGGAGACCCUCUGCCGGUGGAGGGAGCACAGGAUUCGGCAAGGAAACCACAGGACGUCUCGCCCUACAGCUCCCCAGGACUGCGGGUCCAGCUCCCCCUUCCCGGUGAAACCCGUGUGCCGCAGGGAGAGCCCCCCCGGCAGCCGCUCCCACUGCAGAGGCAGCAGCAGCCGCCGCAGGAGCUGCUGGAAGCCCACGAACGCCAGGUGGCCGAGAUCCGGGCCAGGACCCAGCAGCUGGAGCGGCAGAGAGAGGGGCUGUGCCGGCGGCUGGCGACGCUGGGGACCGGGGCACCUCCGGGCCCCGAUCCCGAGCAGGGGGAGCCCGAGCUGAGCCAAGGCCCGCGAGACCAGGCCGGACAGGUCCGAAUAGCACAGCACAGGGCCAGCCUCCGCCUCGACACACUCCUGCCGCCCGCGGGGCCGCUCACGGCCGAGGCCAGGGCGCUGCAACUGUCCUACCUGAGCUCCGGGGGACACGACCCGGCCAUCCUGGACCAGCUUCUCCACCUCCAGCUGGAGGCCACGGUGCUGGAGAAAGGAGCCACGGGGCUGCGCAGGGGCGGGCGGAUGGGUAAGCGCCAACACCAGGCCCAGGCCCGUCCCCCCACAGGGACCGGGGCCCCACAGCCGGCACCUGAGGCACCCCCGGCUGUGCCUGCAGAGCCUCCCAGCACUGGCACACACGGUCUGGAUGCGGCACUGCUGGCUGUGGAGCUGGAGAACCGGCGUCUGGAAGAUGAACUGUUGGCACUGAAGGUCAGGAGGGAGAGGAGAGCAGAUGCUGGCUCACGGGCAGCCCAGCAGCACACGGAGGAACUGGCCCGGCUUCAGGCAGAGGUGGGAAUGCUGCGAUGCUGUGCAGAGCAGGCAAGACCAUGGCCACACACCCCUGUCUUCCCUCACUCUACAGCCCCACCACUGCCACCAGCCCUGGCCAUGCCAGAACUUUUCAUGGAGCCCCCCGGGCCAGCACUGAGGCCUGGCAGACCCACAACUCAUGUGGCCCCUGGAUUCCCCUUCACGCCCUUUGUGGCGCUGGAGGACCCUCCCCCUGCUCAAGAACCCCCAGCACAAAACAGGGCUCCCAGAAGGUGAGCCAGGAAUAGGCCAUGGCCCCACUGGACAGCCCUGCCACCUCCUCCACCAUCCUCAGUGGCAAAAUGGGGCUUCAGUAAGUACUAGGGUGAUGAAGGGAUGGCAAAAUCUGUGUUUGAGCUGCAGAGAUGGGUUUAGGGACCAGCUGUAGGUUGGUAGCAGGAUCCCACAGUGCUAGGGUGGGUGGAAGUAUACAGGAUCACUGCUGAGACCAAAGAGGCUCUGGGCAUUUCAGCAGGAAAAGGACAGGCAAACCCAGUGGCAAACUGAGUUACACAGCUCAACCUCCAGCUCAGGACAGAGCCCACAGCCAGAAGAGUGGUAAACACUCCUGCUCACAAUGGUGGACUGGGGACAGGCAGAGGACAGAGGGGCACAACAAAUUCCCUGCCCUCAGGCACAUCCCUACAUGCAGCCCUCUGUAGGGAAAGCCUAGCCCAGGGCCUACACAGCUCAGCUCUGCGAGCCAGCAAAAGCCACAGACAGCUUUCCAAAGUGUCAGAGAACCUGUGCUACAUGUUCAAUAAAAGGCUUCAGUUCAUUGCUCUUCA